GCUACCCAAGCAUCUCCCUUUUCUCUCUAUUUUUUGUUCCUUCUCUCUCUCUCUCUCCAAAUCCUCCCACCCACCACCCCCGGCGAAAAUCCUCUAAUGGAAUCCCCGCCUCCGCCAUCCGCGGCAGCUCCUCCACUUUCCACCACCACCGCCACUGCUGCAGCCGCCGCCGCUCCCCCCGCCACCUAUCCCGACUCCAUAGACUCUUCCCCACGCUCCCGCAACACGGACUCAUGGGACGACCCUGCUCUUCCCACUACUCUCCACCCAAAGCUCCGCCUCAUGUGCAGCUAUGGCGGCACCAUCGUCCCUCGCCCCCAUGACAAAUCCUUAUGUUACGUCGGCGGUGACACUCGUAUGGUUGUUGUUGAUCGCCACACUUCCCUCGCUUCCCUCCACCACCGCCUCUCCCUUUCUCUUCUCCGCGGCUGCCCUUUUACUCUCAAGUAUCAACUUCCCUCCGAAGACCUCGAUUCUCUCAUCUCCGUUACAACUGAUGAAGACCUCGAGAACAUGAUCGAUGAAUACGACCGAACUUGUUCCCAAACGACGUCGUCCAGCAAGUCCUCUCGUAUUCGCCUCUUUCUUUUCCCUCUCAAUCCCGACGGAACCCUAACGUCUUCUCAUUCAAUUGGGCCCAUUAUUAACAAUUCCACCAAGUCCGAUGAGUGGUUCCUUAACGCGUUGAAUGGGUCCGGGUUGUUGAACCGAGGGUUUUCGGAUCCCACGACCAACGUCAAUUUGUUGGGUUUGGAUGAUGAUCGUCAGGGCAACGUUGUUGAAGUUGGUUUGAAAGAUGAAGGGAGUGGGAGCCAAAAGAAUAUGAAUUCCAAAGGUCAAGAUGUUCACUCCGUUCCUGAUUCUCCUAUGCUUGAAACCACUUCUUCUUUUGGUUCUACUUCUUCUUCUCCUUCGCUUGCUAACUUGCCUCCGAUCCGGGUCCACGUUGAGGAUCAGAAAGAGCAUAAAGUGGGAAUCGAGGAACAGUUUGCUCAAUUUACUGUGACCGCUACUUCUGCUGCUGCUACUGGUGGUGCUGGUGGUGCAGUGAAGCAACAGGAUGAAGUAUUUGCGGCUAUGUCGAUGCCGCCACCGAUGCCUGCCGGCAUCGCUGCUUCUGGUGGUGGGGUGGGCUUGAAUUCAGGAGUGGUUCCUGGGGAGUAUUCGAAUCGGGGUCUUUCCGAUGAUGAGAGAUCGGAUCAUGGGGUUCCUGUGGGAUAUAGGAAAACACAAACUCCAGUGAUUCAGCCUCAGGGUUUACCUCUUCAGAAUCAACAGAAGUAUAGCAGUGGUCAAGAUUUGGCUUCUCCAGAUUCCAUCUCAAGUGACGGUAGUUUUACAAAUCCAUUAUCACGCCAAAAGCCUGUGAUUUAUCAAGACCCAGUUGUUCAAAUCCCAUCUGGGGUUAACAGGAUUCCUGCAAACGCUAUUGAUCCAAAGCUUAAUAUCUCUGAUCCGAACUCAAUCGGCCGAGUUCAGAUACAACAACAAGUUCAGGAUUCUGGUUAUGUAUUGCAGCAACCACAAUUUGAUCAACAGCAACAACCACAGCAGCAGCAGCAGCAGCAGCAGUUCUUGCAUGCUGCUGGUGCACCGCAUUACAUUCAUCAUCACCAGUCUGGGGCAGUGCCGAUCUCAGCUUAUUAUCCUGUAUAUCCUUCCCAACAGCAACAUCACCAUCAUCAAACACAGAUUGAUCAGCAAUAUCCCCUGUAUUAUGUGUCCGCGAGGCAGCCUCAAGCUUACAACAUGCCUGUCCAGCAACCUAGCAUUAAUGAAGCCCCCACAGGGAUCCCAUCGAGCCGGCCGCAGACUCCUUCCAAUCCUACCAUGGCUCCUACUCAUGUAGCAUACAACCCUAUGAGAAAUGCUCCUCUUGCUAAACCUGAAAUGACUGCUGCUGCUGGUGUAUACAGAACAACAAAUACUGGUAACCCACAACUGGUUCAAGUGCAAAACAGCCAGCAUCAGCAACAAUAUGCGGGUUAUUCUCAGAUUCAUCAUGCAUCACAAUCUGUUGCACCUACCUCCGGCACAGCUGCCACAUAUGCAUAUGAAUUCACUGAUCCAACUCAUGCUCAAAUGUAUUACACUCAGCCUAUGGCACCCAACAUGCCUCCUCAGUACCAAACCAUGACUGCAGUAGUCUUGCCAGAUGCACCCACGCAACUUCCGACUGAUAACAUCAAGCCACAGAUCAGAACUUCACAGCCAAUAUAGAUCAGUCAAGAAGGAAGCGACAAAAAUUUUGAAAGAAGGGUUUGGUUUAUAUCUUUAAAUUCUGUUUUAAAGUCUUGUGUUUUUCAUUGUUAUUGGCUUGUGAUAUGUAUUUGUGAAAGGUAAUAAGGAACUCAAUGGUCUUUUACUAUCUUGUGGAUGUCAUAUUGUUGGUAUUGUCAUAGGGAAUGAAACUCAUCUGAAGAUUUAUACUGUAAAAGCUCGAACUCGGAUAUUGUGUGCUUUGUGCAAUUCAUAUAUCUUUUACUUA